UCCUGCCAGGAGUAAAGAUUGAUGGGAAACACAGAGCCAGGCUCAGCAUGCUGCCACCAGGUCUUUGGGUCCUAUUGAAUCAUAACGCUUAUAAAAUUGUCCACCAUAAAGGAGAAAAAAGAGGUUGAUGGAACAAUAUUUAUUCAAGAAGCUUAGGAUCUAUAAUUGCUUUUUUUCCCUUCCCCCUCUCUGGGAAGAACAAGGGAUAAAAAGGACUUUGAAAAAUUCUUGUGAAUAGGAGCAGGGAAUGGUGCUUACAGAGAUGGAGGAGAUUUCCCUGGGAGUUUAAAAUGCUUUGCUCUGUUUAAAACUCGGCCAGCUUGUCUGGCCUUAAUACUUGCUCCUCAGCCUGCGGAGAGAGCUGUCUCCAGCAGGAAAACCCGGAUCACUUUGGGAGGAGAGCAGGCAGCCCCAGGAGAGACUGGCUGGCAGAGCGGGGCACGGGGUGGGGUAGUGUCUGCUGCCAGGCCAGAGGGGCAGGAGCAGGCUUGGAGGGAGGGAAGGAAGGAGGGAUGAGGGAGGGAUGGAAGGAGGGAGGACAAGAGGGAGGCCUAGGUGGGGAGAGAGGGGAGCAGUCAGCUAGAGCGCGGAGCCACCCAUGUACCCAUGCCCCGUGCAUGCGCACACACACACGCCCUGCCCCAUACCCAUACUCCUGUGCAGACCUGUACACACACGCCAGUAACCACAGUCCUGUGCGCGCACACCGCCCACAGGCACCCCCACGGACACAUGCAGACACCCCUGUACGCACGCACACCUCCCAGCAGGCACGCCCCCUGCACACACUGCGGCCUCUCCCCACCACCACACACACACCUUGCACCCCACAGGCACCCAGGCACGCACACCUCAUACACCGCACCUCCACGCCUCUCCGAGCACAUGCCCCCCGCACCUCCACACCUCUCUGUGCACAGCCCCCGCCCCAGCAGGCUGCUGGUCCCACACAGACUGGCCAUGGGACCAAGGAAGACCAGGCUGUGUCACCACCUUUGUAGCUGCCACCCUGGUUCUCCUGCCCCAUGCCUGCCAGUGGCUUCUCUCAGCAGGGACCAGCAAUGAUCAAGAAUCACUUUUGAACACUGGAAGCCCCUCACUGGGCUUUUUUUCCCCCCACUGGAAAUUUGAGGCCGGCACCAUGCCCUGGAGAUGCCUGCAGGCUUUGGCCUGUGAUGGUACAAAGAUCACACAGCAGCAGCCCGGAUCUGCUCUCCUUUACAUGUUUGUGUCCAAAGUUCCUGCCAGGAAAUUCCUUCCUUCUUUUUUUCCAGACUCCGUGUGGCUGCCCUUGCUAUUAAAAACAAAAUAAAAACUGCAGUUACACCCUCAAGGCUCAUGGCUAGCUCUCUUCUGCGUUACCAACUUUUUCCCAGAGUCUAUGGGCAAGUGUUUCCCACCUGGCCAGUGGCUUUCAAAAAAUCCUUAUUUCAAGCCGAAACUUGGAUUUCCCUUUGGGUUUUUUUUUCCCUUGUGGGGUUUGUUGUAAGUAAAAUUUUCCAGCCCCCUGCUUUCUGUGCGGGCAGGAGCAAGCAGUUACCCAGCAGAGGCCGUCAGGACGACACAUGCUGGUUGGACAUACACAGAUGGACACGCUGGCAAACCACCGCGUGCGAGCAAAGGCACGUGUGGAACAGGACUCGAGCAGCACACAUGCACAUACCCCCUGGCAUGACCCAUGUGCAUGUACACAUGUGCACAGCAGAUGCACACACGCAGCAUGCACAUGCAUUUGCAGCCAAGCACAUCCGUGGCCCAAGAUGCACAUGAACAUGACACAUCUAUGACAUAUACCUGCGCAUGCCACAUGCACACACAUGGAUGUGUGCAAACAUGGGACACACAAUACAAGCACAGUGAAUGCACAGAAAAGCACGCUAUGCACCUGCACCGAGCUUUGUGGUGCAACCAGGAGAACUUGCAGAUUCAGGAAGAGGAUGUAGCAUCACUGAGCAGCCAGGAAGCCACAGGGGUGGCUUGAGCAGCCUGGGGCAUCAAAGAAGUCACGAAGUUGGCAGGGGAGCAGGCGUGGGGGGGGGGUGGGGUGUCGGGGGGGUGAGGGGUCGAGGGGCAGCCAUGGCGCUGGAUGGCGCUCCUCUGCUUUUGCCAGGUUUAUUGAAGCCGAUCCGUUUGCUGCGUCACUGCCGAGCAAACGCCAGUGCCCUGGCAGCCCGGUGGGAGAUGUGUGCCUGCACCCGCACGCAGCGGGCACUGCUGCGCCUUCAGCCCCUGCCUGCCUUGCCGGGACCACCCCCCUGUCCCGCCCGGGGGCCUCGGGGAGACCCAUUCCUUGGAGAGGGCUUCGGCCCAGGCGUGCCGCUGCGGCCACCACCCCGUUGCAGUUUGAUUUCAGAGAGCAAAUACGGCUCUUCAGCUGCGACGAGUUGGAACAGACCGUGCCGCCGUAUGGGCCAGGGCCCGGCUGCGCCCUGCGACGCCCCUGCCCACGGCUGGGGGCCAGGCUGGGUGGUCCUGGCAGGCCCCUUCCAACGCCCCCGGCCACGUCCUGCCGCUGCACGCCCCGCCCGCGGGCCCGGCUGUGCCAACGCGCCUCGUUCUGUGCCGCAGCCGGACCCGGCGCCAGCUCCGAGGGGGCUUCUGGCGGCCCCGCUCUGCUCCCCGCCUGUCCCGGCGCGCGGCCAGGGCUGGCACGAGGCCGCUCGCUCCGUCGCCAAACCGGGACGGCCGAGCCGGGGCGCGGGGACGCCUGUCCCCGGGGGCACGGGGGGCGCGAACACCCGGGUGCGCGGGGACGCGCGUGCUCCGGUGCGCGGGGCAGGGGGGCGCGUGCCCCCGUGCCCGGCGGCGUCACCCGCUGCCCUGCGCGGCGCCGGCCCCACCCAGUGCCGCGUGCCGGCCCCACCCAGUGCCGCGCGGGACGGGCGGAGCCGGCGGUGGCCGCAGCCGCCCGCGGGCAAAGUGCGGGGCGAGCGCCGGGCGGCCGCAGGGGCAGCUACGGAGCGCUCUACGGCCAUGCGGCUCUGCAGCAUCACCAUCCUGCUGGGCGCAGCCCUCCUCCUGCCUGCAUCUGGGGGCACCCAGGCUCUGAGUGACACAGGGCAGAAGGACCUCGCCAUGGAGCAGGAUUUGGCCAAGGAAAUCAUUCCAGGCAUACAAGCUGUGGAGCUGCUGGAGGAGGGUGAGAUCUCUGAAGAGGUGGAACCACGUAUAAAGGUCAUCUCCAGAAGUGUCUGGGCUCGACAGGGUCAGGCGGCACCUGAGGAGGACCGUGACCACCUCUACCACCCUCAGGACAAUGCCAUGGAGGCCGAUGUCCGCGUGCCACCCUGGAUGCUGUCCCUGGAGGUGCAGAGUGGCCCAGAGGAGGACCGUGACUAUAUCCACCAUAGCUAAGCAGAAACAUCCCCAGGUUGCGAAAUGAGGGGUGGGAGCUGGCCCUGCAGCUUCCCAAAGCGACUCAUCCCUCACUACCCACUCCUGAGCCCCCCCCCCGCAAUAAACCCAUUCCCUGUUCCACA